GUUUGCAUAAUUACAGGUAAUGAUUAACUGCGUGCGUUGUGUCCAAGCUAGGCAAUGGACAGGCAGCAGAUCCAGGUGAGCGACGAAGAGCGCGAAGUGGCACGGGAAGAGAGCCGCAGGAGGAGGAGGAAGAAAGCCAUCACCUCUGCCUCCUCUGCCUCCAUGGAUCAGAUCAGCGUUGAGUUUGUGCUGCCCACAGUGGGGCGGGGCGGGAGCAGCCCCGACUCUCUGUUGCUAGAGGUGGCCGGGAACUGGACUGUGGAACAGGUGAAAGCCCAAGUUUGGAUGAAGGCGGUGUCUUUAAACCUCUGUCCAGACUUCUACCAGCGCUUCUGUCCUGAUCACUGCAUCCUCCUCUAUCAGAAGAAAGGCACUGUGUGCGAGAUCUACGACAAGCACCAGGUCUUCCAAACACUGGACUGUAUUCGCUACUGGAGAGCUCUAAAGAAAGACGUGGGCCGAAUCCAGCUGGUGCCGCGGCCGCAACCCACAGAUGAGUCUCAGCAGUACCAGCGUUACCUCAACUACCUGAUUGGCUACGACGUGACUGACGUUAGCAACGUCCACGACGACGAGCUGGAAUUCACUCGCCGGAAGCUGCUGACGCCGCGACGCAUCGAGCUGUCGGACCGGGACCCCAACCUUUACUCCAUGGACCCCUGGGUCACCCGGAAGCCGCUGCCCGAACACCUUCUCUCCAAGGUUAAUAAUGGUUACAUCCUGGUUGUGAUCCAUGUCAGCACCUCCAGCCAGACUAUCAAAGUCUCCAUUGAUGAUACGCCUUCACAGGUAUUGGCGAGCUUCUUUGCAAAAACGACCAAUAAACGGGUUUUGUUGGGAAUCCCUGAACACUUGAGCGACGAGGACUUUGUGUUGCGUGUGUGUGGCAGAGAGGAGUAUUUGUAUGGCGAGAAAGCCCUACAGAGCUUCAACUGGAUCCGUCAGUCCCUCAAGAACGGAGAGGAGAUCCACCUGGUUCUGGAGACUCCGCCUGAUCAGGAGCUGGAUCUGGUCCAGCGGGAGGACUGGGCCCAAGUGGAUGACUGCACAGGAGUCGCAGGCACCCAUGAACAGCUGACCAUUGCAGAGAAAGACCAUGAGCGAGUGUUCACCAUCUCCAUGUGGGACUGCAACAGAAAGUUUAGAGUCAAAGUGCUUGGAAUCGACAUCCCGACGCUCCCCAAAGUCCCAGAGUUUACGGUGUUUAUCGAGGCCAGCAUCUUCCAUGGGCAGCAACUUCUGGCGCAGGAAAGAACAACUUCCAAGACGUUUAAUGAAGAAGUGCUGUGGAACUGCUGGCUGGAGUUCAACAUAAAGAUCAAAGACCUGCCUAAAGGGGCACGCCUCAACCUGCAGGUGAUCUGUGGGAAGCAACCCCAAACCCCCAACUCCAAAAGCUCCUACCACGACAACACAGCAGGAAGCUCCACCCUUGAAGGAAAGACCAAGAACCGCCUCCUGUACUACGUCAACCUGCUCCUGAUCGACCACCGCUCUCUCCUCCGCCAAGGCGAGUUCAUCCUCCACAUGUGGAAGAUGCCCGAAAAGAGCGAGGAGAGCAGCAGCAGCAUCAACGCAGACAAGCUCACGUCGGCCACCAACCCAGACAAGGCCUCCUCCAUGGCCAUCGCCAUCUUGUUGGACAAGUACUGCUACCCGGUGGUGCUGCCCAAGAGCAGGGAAGUGGGCAGAGACUGUGGGGCCAGCGGUGAGGAGGCUGACGGAGGGGAGAGAGGUCAGAGAGAAAUGCCCAACCACCUGAAGAAGCAGUUUGCGGCGAUCGUGUCCACUGACCCCUUACAUCCGCUGAGUCCAGAGGACAAAGAGCUGCUGUGGCACUUCAGACAUGAGUGCAUGCGUGAUCCGAGGGCUUAUCCGAAGUUGCUGGGCUCAGUCAGAUGGGGGAAACAGGAAGACGUCCUGGCUACUCAUCGCCUGUUGGAUCGCAGCAAUGCAUGGGACACCAGUGGUCUGGAUGUUGGUCUGGCAAUGCAGCUGCUAGACUGCCACUACUCGGAUGCCCAGGUCCGAUCCAUGGCGGUGCGGAAGCUGGAGACGCUGGAGGACGAUGACGUCCUCCGGUAUCUCCUCCAGCUGGUCCAGGCAGUGAAGUUUGAGCCAUACCAUGACAGCGCCCUGGUCAGGUUCCUGCUGAAAAGAGCAUUGAGGAGUAAGCGCAUCGGCCAUUUUCUGUUCUGGUUCCUGCGAAGCGAGAUUGCCCAGUCCAUGCACUACCAGCAGAGGUACGCCGUGUUGCUGGAGGCCUACCUCAGAGGCUGCGGGGAGAACAUGCUACAGGACUUCAGGAAGCAGGUGGAGAUGACGGAGGCCCUUCAGAAAGUCACACGUGAGAUGAAAGCCAUGUCUGCCGACAAAUACGACGUCACACAGCAAGUUGUGAUCCAGCUGCGUCAGAAACUGGAGACCUUGCAGUUGUCGGGCCUUCCGGAGAGUUUCCGAGUCCCUUACGAUCCUGGGCUGAGAGCUGGGACUCUGCUGAUCGAGCAGUGCAAGGUGAUGGCAUCCAAGAAGAAGCCACUGUGGCUGCAGUUCAAACGGGCCGACCCCACCACGCUGUCCAAAGACCCCGUGGGCAUCAUCUUCAAGGACGGGGACGACCUGCGACAGGACAUGCUCAUCCUGCAGAUUCUGCUCAUCAUGGAGUCCAUCUGGGAGACGGAGUCUCUGGAUCUGUGCCUCCUGCCGUACGGCUGCAUCUCCACCGGCAACAAGAUUGGAAUGAUUGAGAUCGUUAAAGACGCCACCACGAUUGCUACCAUCCAGCAGAGCGUCGUCGGAAGCACCGGUGCCUUUAAGGACGAAAUCCUCUACCAAUGGCUGCGAGACAAGUGUGUCAGCGAGGAAAAGUUCCAACAGGCCGUGGAGAGGUUCCUGUAUUCCUGUGGGGGAUACUGUGUGGCCACCUACGUCCUCGGAAUCGGAGAUCGCCACAAUGACAACAUCAUGAUCACAGAGUCGGGGAACCUGUUCCAUAUCGACUUCGGUCACAUCCUGGGGAACUACAAGAGCUUCAUGGGAAUCAGCAAGGAGUGGGUUCCCUUCGUUCUCACGCCUGACUUCCUGUACGUCAUGGGAACGUCGGGGAAGAAGAGCAGCCCCCACUUCCAGAAGUUCCAGGAUGUGUGUGUGAAGGCUUACCUCGCUCUGCGGCAUCACACCAACCUGCUCAUCAUCCUGUUCUCCAUGAUGCUGAUGACCGGGAUGCCGCAGCUGACCAGCAAGGAGGACAUCGAGUACAUCCGCGAGGCGCUGACGGUCGGCCGCAGCGAGGACGAGGCACAGCGCCACCUGCUGGACCAGAUCGAGAUCUGCCGGGAGAAAGGCUGGAUGGUUCAGAUCAACUGGUUCGUCCACCUGGUGCUGGGGAUCAAGCAGGGCGUGGAGAAACGCUCCACGUAGACGCCACCUCCUGCUCAGACGGCCAUAGCUACACUUCUUUAUUGUUUCAGAACUUUUCCCUUUUUAUAUAUAUAUAUAUAUAUUAUUUUUUUUUCAUUGAAUUAACAAGGUAGAUACUAAGUUUGAUUGUAAUUCAAGCAAAAAGCAAGAGAGAGACCGUUUAUAUCGCACUUUAAAAACCAAGUCGAGACCAUAUGCGCAUAAACAAACAUUUCUAGAGCUUUUUUUUAAACCAGUUUCAACAUGAAUUCAAUAAUCAGUGCAGCUUUCAAAUGAGUAAAAUUGUAAAUUUUAUUGUACUGUA